ACCAUAAAUCUGAAAGAGGUAGAUGAGACGACAGUACCUUCGUCCACUACUUUACCCACCACUACUGUUCCUCCGCCCACUACUGUGACUUCUGAUGUCGCUUCAACGCUGGUCAACACCACUGCCAGCCAAGCCGAAACAACAGCGGUGGCUACAACUGGCGUGCUUCGGACCACGACGCCACCACUAGCAACAUUAGUGACGGAUGCGCUCACCACGCCAGACCAAGGCUCUGGAGGGGUUAACGUUACUUCAAUAACGAACUCUUCCUCAACCACCCCUAAAAUGCCCGCAAACAGAACCGACGAUCCAACAGUACCUAACUUAACGCUACUUCAAACAACCCCAGAACACAACGUCUCCAAAACAACAGUGACCUCUGCCAUCACCAGUAACUCCUCACACACAGCACUGACACCAACUGCCACACCACUUUCGUCAACGACAAACGCUGCCACAAGUAUACAUACAACCUCCAUGUUAGCUAAUCUGUCCAAAUCAAGCAUUCCUUCAACUGACAAGCCCCAGUCAACAAAACCCCCUCCUGUGGUCUGCCCUCUUGACGUUACUGCGAUCCACGGAGACAACGUGAGUUUUCAAUGGGUGGCAGACGGACAGGGGGAAACUGUGCAUCUAACCCUAACGUGGCCUGAAACCGCACUUGGAAGAGAUGCUUACUCCGUAGAGACAUGUCCCUCAGGGUCAGAGAAUGCUGGUCAUCACCGAGGCCGAAGGCGAUGUCGACGGGACGGUACGUGGGGACGCGCGGUUCCUAUCAGCUGUCAUAUCGGGCUACAGGAGCUGGCACAGAGGCCUGUGACAAAUUUGAACGCAGAGGUGGUGGCUAGUACAGUUCAAAUCUUCACAAUGACCCCGAACGAACUUCACAUCCAUGAUGUCAUCCACACGACGGAGUUGUUGGAGGGAAUCGUACUUGCGAACGACACAGUUUCUGAGGAGGUUGGGCAGUCCGUACUAACCAGUAUCAGUCAGCUGAUGAACGUCGACACGGACACCCUGCUGGAAGGUCAAGAGAGCAAUAACGUCACGAACAGCAUCCUGAACACGCUGGAGACCCUAUCCAGUCAAGUGGCCCCAGCAGAUCCAGACCAGCCCUUGACUAUGGUGGAGUCCAACCUGUGCAUGCAGGUUUUAGACAUCAACUUGACCCAGACGUUUCCUGGACACGGAUUUUUGGCCCUCACAGCUGCGCAGGAAGGGUCCUUCACGGAGGCGUCUAUAGAGGGCGUGGUUGAUGUGGACAACAUUCAGAUAGGAGAGGUGGAAGCAGCCAUUCACGUCCAUCCUGAUCUCGUGGAUUAUCUCAACAAUUUACCGGACCGACCUGACAGUGACAUUGUGAGGCUGACCUUCAAGAUCUUCCAGAACAGCAGGCUGUUCCAAACGAGAGCAGACCACAUCGAAGACAGCAAAGGAUACCGGCGUGCAGUGAACAGCCGGGUUGUGGCCAGCAGCGUAGUUGGCCUGUCUGUCCGAGACUUGUCUAUUCCCAUAAAGACCAGCUUCAAACCCAUCGUGACGGACCGACAUACGAACAACACGGAGUGUGUUUUCUGGGACUUUGGCUUGUCGCACGGCAAGGGCGGCUGGUCUACCGAGGGAUGCUGGCAGAACAAGACGGAGCAAGGGAGAGUCGUCUGCUACUGUGAUCAUCUCACCAACUUUGCUGUCCUCAUGGACAUCUACGGUCAGGCCAACCCGCUGUCAGCCGCUGACGUGUUUGCUCUUGACAUCAUCAGUAAGAUUGGCUGUAGUCUCUCCAUAGCUGGGCUGAGUUUUACCCUGUUGACUGCAGCGGUCUUCAGGCGCUUCCGAAGCUCCACACCCCAGAUCAUCCUGAUCCAGCUCUCUGUGGCACUCCUGGGCGUCCUCAUCACCUUCCUGGCCGGUAUCGAGAGCGUGGAUCCCGCCGCAGGGUGCAUCGCAGUGGCCGCCUGUCUGCACUACUUUCUCCUGGCCGGGAUGAUGUGGAUGGCGGUCGAAGCCUUCUCCAUGUACAUGGCCUUCGUCAAGGUCAUGUCCACGCACAUCUCAAGAUAUGUCCUCAAGGUGUCACUUAUUGCAUGGGGUGCACCCCUGAUCAUUGUGGUGGUGACCCUGGCUGUGGACGUGAACCAUUACCUUGGAGGGGACAAAUACUGCUGGAUGGCGCUAACGCCUUUGUACUACGCGUUCAUGCUGCCGGCCGGUCUGAUCAUCCUCUUCAACCUGGUGGUCUUCAUACUCAUCGUAAAAGAACUCUACUUCAAAAGAACGAAGUCGGCCAUUACCCUACGGAAGUCCAAGAAGGCCACCGGGCCCCCACCACCGAGACACAAGGAGACUCUCCAACGUUUCCGCGUGGCGAUUACCAUCUUCGUGGUGCUCGGUCUCACCUGGGCCUUCGGCUUCCUGGCAAUCUCCGGCGCCAGGACAGUCUUUGCUUACCUGUUCUGCAUCUUCAACUCUCUGCAGGGUUUCUUGAUCUUCAUCUUCUUCUGCGUGCGUCAGAAGGAGGUGCGAGACCGCUGGUUCUUUUUGUGCGCCACUUGCUUCAACCGCCAGUACAGCUUCAGCGAGGUCAUGAACAGUCGCUCUACAGACUCCAACAGCAACCUCCGCACUCCGGGCAGCACACCAGCAUUUGGCAGAAAGGUUACCACCAAUGGAGUCAAGGCCCCCUAUUCCCAGCAGAACGGCACCGUGCAAAAUGGUAACCAACACACCUACACCUUCAGAAACAAGGGGUACAAGGCUGACACCAUCUCUACCAGCAGCAAGUCUACUACUGAUGGGGCAGAGGACAUGCAGCCUGACACAGUGUGAAGGACAGUUACUGUUCAAAAGUUUACAAGAUAACAUAUAAGUAAGGAUUGUAUUGUGGUGUCUGUGCAGGCAGCCUGGUGCUGCUAUAUAUAUAUUGUAGUAGUUUUAGGGGGAAAUGAAAAUUAUAAGGCCAAAGGCCAAGGAAAACUGAUGUUGUGUAUGGUGCUAAAAAAAGGUUGGUACAUUGGGCUUUCUAUUCUAGACUUCCCAUGUAAACCUGAAAUGCAUCAGGACACUGGUAUUUUCUACAUACUACAUACUAGUAUAAUAUUCUAACUAAACACUGUUAGAUAAAAUAUUCUAUGCAGGUCAACGGAAGGGGAACCCAGAUCACUUUUUCUAUUGCAAGAGAAAUGAAGGGAACAUAUUCUAAUAUUAUUCUGUGCCAUUUUCAUCCGAUGACUCAGAUGUCAGAUCAAAAAUUUUAUGUCCCUUGCCGGAGGUCAACACAAAGAAGACUAGGGCCAGCAGGUUUUUGCUAGGGGCGGUCGGAAACACAAUAUUACAAAAUGGUGACUAAGAUCAACAAACAAAUCAUCAUCUUAGAUGAUGCAUUUAUUUCUGUAUAUAGGUUACCUCAUACCUCUAAUAGCAAUAUCUUUACCACCUGACAGAAUUUUGACAAUGAUAAGCCUAUUGUUGCCUGUUUGCUUGACGUCUAUUAUGUAUA